AUGGCAACUAAUAAACCAGUAUCACAGCAAAAUCUAACAAAUUUUCAAAUCAUUGAACCACUGUUCUAUAAAGAGUUUAAUACCAUCGAUCCAAUUUUUCCUGAAUGGACCUUAGAACGAAUGCCAAGAAACGUUAAUACGAACCGACUUCGAUUGGAUAAGAAUAAAAUAGUAGGUAAAUGGUUCUAUGAAACUUACAAUACAAAGGGAAGAUUUCGUUGCGUAAAAUGCAUUAAGAGCGAUGUUGCAGAAAAAAAUGCUAUAUGGUCUUCAGCUUACACUACUAUUUUGUUUCGAGCAUACUAUGGACCAGAUACAGAUGAAUAUGGACAAGUAUGGAUUGGUGGAUGGAUUCAAAUGAAAAUCUUUGCACAAGGAUGUAAGGAGUGUCAUGAAUAUAUGACAGGCGAACUUACUAAUGAACGAUCUCAACAUCUUGUAACAUGGUUACACCGCUGGAUUGCUAACAAGUUUUAUGGUCUUCAUUUUUCUCAUAAUGGCUAUCGAGGACAACUGACUAAUAGAGAUCAUCUUGUCGAUCUAUGUGAAGCAUGCGCAGUAGGAUGUUGCCUUUAUCGUAAACGUCACGAUCAAUUAACAAACCUUGUCAUUACAGAAUGA